UAAUUCUAGCCCACCUUUUAGUUUCUACUUGUUAGAGUUUUAAGGUUUAAACAAUGUUAAUAGUUGUAACAAAUUGUUCAACGCAAAAUUUAUUUAUAAAAUUUACGAAUAUAGCGAAUGAGGUAUUUACAUUUCAAAUUUCAGCCUGCUUUUCUUUAUGCCGUUUUUUUUUUUUUUACUUUUGUCUUAUGAAAUAUUACAUCAAGGAACCACUAGUGGGCUAAACAUGGAUGUAAGACUAAUCCAAACCAGUUAAAACCCUAGCGAAGUACCUUUCUGAAACGAAACAUUGGGGGUUUGAACGUUCUAAUCGAUUAAACAAAAGACCCAACAAUCUAUGUGAAUGUGUAUCCAACGUGCACCCCUAAAACUUCCAUACGAGAACAAGACAAAUAUAAUAACACUUACUAUGAUCUGAAAUCAUCUAAUUUAUGUGUGUUUUUAGUUUUUUUUUUAGUUUUUGUUUUGCUAAAUGUGUGAUUUUAGUUGUUAGCAUACAUAUGACAUGACCGUCAAAUUCGGAACUAUACGUGGGUCUUUAUGGAUUAUAUUAUUAUGUGUGGUUAGAAAUAAGAUUAAAUUAUUUGUAUGAAAUUUGGUUCAUGCCAAUUUUGAAUAUUUUCUACUUUUAUUAAACGUAUAUAUUGAUCUUAUUCAAGUAAAGGUGAUAAUCAAUCGAACUUUUAAAAGCAUAUAAUAUGAUAAGAUAGCUUGCUCCACGUUUACAAGCAAUUGACAAUUCGUGAUACCAGUGUACACACUACUGAUGCUUUCACGUAAUAUGAUCCAAAAUCAUUAUCCAAAUACCUAUACAUUUCAAUACAUGAAUAACCAAAUUAAAAUAUAGUCAAUUGUUUGGUAAGGUUCGGUACAAUUUCAGUUUCAGUUUAGUUCCCCAUAAAGCAUAUAUUUCAAUUCGGGUAAUUUUGACACCAAAGCAAACCCAUCAGUUCUUGGUUUGUGUAAACCGACCAUAUAUUUCAACAUUCCUCUUUAUAUUCUUUCCUCUUUUGUUUGGUCAGCCAUUCCUUUGCUUAAACGUUAAAAGAACUUCUUCGUGGAUAAAUUAAGAAACUUUUUUUGUCUAUCAAAGAAAUGUAUUAGAUAGUCUCGAUCGAGAACGAUACUUCCCUUGCAACACGCCUCAACUACGCUAACCAUUAUUUAUAUCAACCAAACCAUAGUUUAUCUCCAAAGUUUUCAACAUUAUAUAUCUCUUCUCUAAUCCAAAUAGUUUCUCUGAGCUUAAACUAGAAAAAAUAACAUUAAACAUCUAGAGUAUUAUGGACGAAGAAGACAAGAAUGUGACGAGAUGUUUCAGCUUCACGAGAAUUACAAAGAAGAAGAAGAAGAAAGAGGAGGAGAAAGUAAUAGUGUCUAGAGAAAUCGCAAAGAGAUGGAGAGAUUUGAGCGGUCAAAACCAUUGGAAAGGGUUGUUACAGCCGUUGGAUCAGGAUCUCCGGCAAUAUAUUAUACAUUACGGCGAGAUGGCUCAGGCUGGUUAUGAUACUUUCAACAUAAACACCGAAUCUAAAUACGCCGGUGCUAGCAUUUACUCCAGAAAAGACUUCUUCGCCAAGGUUGGUUUAGAGAAAGCGCAUCCGUAUACAAAGUACAAAGUGACUAAGUUUCUAUACGCGACAUCAGAGAUCCACGUGCCUGAGGCAUUCCUAUUGUUCCCAGUGUCACGUGAGGGAUGGUCGAAGGAAUCGAACUGGAUGGGUUAUGUGGCGGUGACAGAUGACCAAGGGACGGCGGUUCUUGGUCGAAGAGAUAUAGUCAUCGCUUGGAGGGGCUCAGUGCAACCACUUGAAUGGGUCAGCGACUUCGAUUUCAGUUUAGUGAAUGCUAAAAAGAUAUUCGGUGAGAAAUAUAAUCAAGUACAAAUUCAUCAAGGUUGGCACUCAAUCUACAUGUCCGAGGACGAACGAUCACAUUUUAAUAAGGCCAAUGCUCGUGAUCAGGUAUUGCAAGAGCUUGGGAGAUUGUUGGAGAAGUAUAAGGACGAAGAGGUUAGUAUAAGUAUUUGUGGUCAUAGUCUUGGAGCUGCGCUCGCAACUCUUAAUGCUACGGAUAUAGUGGCUAAUGGUUAUAACCGACCAAAGAGCCGUCUUGGGAAAUCUUGUCCCGUUACGGCCUUUGUCUUUGCUAGUCCUCGUGUUGGAAAUUCUGAAUACAAGAAACUCUUCUCCGGAUUAGAAGAUAUCAGAGUGUUACGGGUAAGGAAUCUACCGGACGUAGUUCCGAUCUAUCCACCCUUAGGUUACGCCGAAGUUGGUGACGAGUUUCCAAUAGACACAAGAAAGUCACAAUACAUGAAAACUCCAGGAAACUUCGCGACGUUUCACUGCCUAGAAUCUUACUUGCACGGCGUUGCAGGGACUCAGGGCACGAGCAGUGCUGACUUAUUUAGACUCGAUGUGAAAAGAGACAUUGGACUGGUCAACAAAUCAGUCGACGGGUUAAAAGACCAAUACAUGAUCCCAGGACAUUGGAGGGUCCUUAAAAACAAAGGUAUGGUCCAGCAAGAUGAUGGGUCUUGGGUUUUAUUGGACCAUGAGAUUGAUGAUAGUGAAGAUUUUGAUUUCUGAUUGUUUUUAUUGUUUUUUGGAUAUUGAUGUUUGGAGAUAGACUGUAUAUUUUUAUCUUUUAAACAUUGUUUUUUUUUUAAAGACUUUGAGCCACUAAUUAUUCUCAUUUAAAAGUGUGGUAUCAUUGCAAAUUAUUUUAUAUGG